AUGUCUACAGGAAUAAUAGAGUCAUGGGCUGAUGCAGGAGAUGAAUUUUCAGCUCCACCCGAUAUCAUAAAUAACCCCGAUGGAACCAAGACCGUAAUCACAUAUAGAACCAAUCAAGAAGGUAAAAAAGUUAAAAUAACUCAACGUAUUAAAGAAGUAGUAGUUCAAGAAAAAGUUCAUCCAUUAAUUGCUAAACGUAAAAAUUGGGCAAAAUUUGGUAAAGAAAAGAACAAACCAGCAGGACCAGAUACAAGUACAACACAAUUGGGUGAAAAAGUUGAAUUGAAAUUAGGAUUAUCAUGGAAACAAGCAGAAAAGAAAGAGGAAGAAGACAAGCAACAAGAAAGAGCUUCUGCUGUUUCUAUACAGACCAUCAAAUGUAGAGUAUGUGGUGGAGAUCAUUAUACUUCUAAAUGUCCAUUUAAAGAUACAUUGGGAGCUGCUGCUGGAUUAACUCCAAGUGGAACCACUCCAGAACCAGGUCAAGAAGGAGGAGAUUCUGGAAAGAAUGGAGAUGCUGGAGCUGCUGCCAGUGGACCAGGUAGAUAUGUACCAAGACAUUUGAGACCUGAUGCCAGUGGAAACUUGCCAUCAAGAGAAGCAAGAGAUGAUUCAACUACAUUGAAAGUAUCACAACUUAACAGUUUUGUUGAUGAAGAUAUGUUGAGAAAUGAAUUAUUUGCAAGAUUUGGUCCAUUGGAAAGAGUUGUUGUUGUUAGAAAUAGAGAAACUGGUGAAAGUAGGGGGUUUGCUUAUGUCAGUUUUGCUACUGAAGAAAUUGCUCAAAGAGCAUUGGAUUUGUUGAAUGGUAAAGGUUAUCAUUCAUUGAUUUUACGUUUGGAAUGGUCUAAAAAGAAGAAACCUACAUAA